AUGCUCGCCGCCGCACCACUCGCGCGGCCCGACAUGACACAACCGUCGCCACCGCCACCUACCAAGGAUCGCGAGUUCUCGUGGCGUGACAUGGAUUGCGACGACGACGAUGACCACCGCAUUAAGCUCGUCGAUGACGGUGCCGCUACCCACCACGGCGACGAGCCGCUGGCAUCCUACUUUGGCAUGAUGCCGUCGCUUUCGAGCAGCUCGAUCGCAUCCUCGGUCACCAGCAGCGGCACCGCCGCCGAAGCCGAGCCCGAGUUGAGCCAGUCUCUCGGAUCCACAUCGAGCUUCGACCUGCGAACGCCGCUCAAGCAGUCGCAAGCUCACAACCACAACCUUGUUCAGGCCAACGCGGGCCUACAAGGUUUCCCGAUCGCCUACCCUACAAUCGAAGCCAAGAUGCCCUCCAGCCUCACCAAUCUGCCCAGUGGCCGCGUUGUCAAGCCGUCGGCCACCUCAACCCUCUCUCGCAGCCACGACGCAUACUCUGAACAGCAGCUCGCGGAAGGCGCCGAGUGGCGGCUGCCAUUCGGCGGAGCGGCCCCCAUGACCCCGGCCAGCGCCAGGAACGAUGGUGCCGGCGCCGGUGGUGGUGCCGGCAGCAACUUUGGCCUCGACGACGAUCUCUCGCCGACUCGCACAUCGAGCGCAACGACUGGCCGUGACUCACAGCCAUCGUCAUCGUCCAUGUCGGCCAGCUCCUCGCCGAUGUCCAAGAUGCACACGCACCGGCCUAAGCUCUCACUUCCCUUGCUGGCACCGUCUGCCUUUUCACGUCCCAACAUCCCCCAGACUCCCGGAGGAUCGCUCUGCCUCGGCGCUCGGGACGGCGCGGCGACGGGUGCGCCCAUGAGCCCCUUUGUGCCUCCGACGCCCCUGGUCGCCUCGGUAUUUAGCAAGGACGCAACCAGCCGUCAGGGCUUCUUUGACGGCACCUGCGGCGACUCGGCCUCGGACACGUCGCCCUCGCCGACGCUGCAGAAGCGACAGAGCAUGCCCAUGGCCGUUUCCACGCCCAAGCAGCCGCGGCUCACGCACAUCCCCCUCCAGCGCCACGGCUCGAUCGGGAUGUCGCCUCUGUCGUCCGAGUUUGCCAACGUCAGCAUGCGCGCCGACUCCCGCAGCAGCGACCUGAUGUCCUCGGAAGCCGCCACCGCCCGCAGCAGCUCGACCGUACGCACCGCCUCGCUCGGCGUCGAGGCAUCGCCCUCGGAUGCAUCGACAUCGUCCAAGGUGCACACACCGCCCUACUCGCCCCUCUUCCUCGGCCGAAGCCUGCAGGACGGCAGCUGCUCUCCCGGUCGCCUCAGCAGCACGAGCAGCGGCAUUGGGGGCGCCAGCAUCUCGAGCAACAGCAGCAGCAGCAAGAAGCGUGCCAAGGACGCCAUCCUCGGAGGCGGUGCCGGCAUGGCUCGCUCCUUCAGCGCGUCUCGAAUCAAGACGAGCAGAGCCAAGGCGGCGCCGAAACCUUUCAACCUGACCAGGCCGACCAUUGUCCAGAGAGCGAGCUCCUCGGCGCAGCAGCAGCCCAUGUCGGCGCCCUUGAUGAAGAUCUCCUUCUCCGAGCAGCAGCAGCAGCAGCCGCAGCAGGCGCUGGGGCCGGUGCCAGAGAUUCGCGGUGCCAUCAUCGACUCGCCAGGACAGGCUUCGGUCGUGCCACCGGUCCCCUCGCCGUCGCUGCUGUCGCCGCACACGGUCGCCUCAAAGCCGCUGCACGGCGGUGCGCCCAUGGAGAAGUCGUUUUCGGCGCCUCCGAAGCCGGCGCAGACGGUCUCGGCGCGCCACCUCGCCAACCACCGGCUGCACCCGAUCUUUGCAAAGUCCUACACCAUCCGCGACGAGCUGGGCAGCGGCGGCUUCGGCUUCGUCGUCUCGGCCACGCGCAACGCCGACAGGAUGCCCGUCGCGGUCAAGUUCAUCUUCAAGGAAAAGGUGCCCGCCCACGGCUGGGUGCGCGACCCCAAGCUGGGCGUGAUCCCGAUGGAGGCGUUCGUGCUCAAGGUCGUCGACCACCCGGGCGUGGUCAAGUUCAUCGACCUCUUUGACGACGACCUCUACUUCUACCUCGUCAUGGAGCUCCACGGUACGCCCUGGAAGCAGCCGACGGCGGCGGCGGCAGCGGCGGCGGUAGAGGCCGAGGCGCUCGCCAGCACGCAGCUCGACUCGGGCAUGGGCGCAGGUCACCCGGGACCCGCGGCGAUGCAGCGCCGGACGUCGUGCGACCUGUUUGAGUGCAUCGAGCAGCACUCGCGCCUGAGCGAGGAGCAGGCGCGCUGGGUGUUUGCGCAGGUCGUCGAGGUCGUCUGGCACCUCGACCGCGCCGGCAUCUGCCACCGCGACAUCAAGGACGAGAACUGCGUCGUCGAUGCCGACUUCAACGUCAAGCUCAUCGACUUUGGCAGCGCCGUCAUCACCGACGUCCGCAAGCCCACGCCCUACUUUAACCGCUUCUUUGGCACCAUGACGUUUGCCAGCUCCGAGAUCCUGCAGGGCAAGCCCUACCGCGCGCCGCACGCCGAGAUCUGGAGCCUGGGCGUGCUGCUCAGCAUCCUCCUCAGCGGCGAGUGCCCCUUUGCCGACCCGACGGCCGCCAUCAAGGGCAGGAUCUCGAAGCCAAAGGGAGCCUGGUCGCCCGAGGCCCUCAGCCUGCUCUUUAUGUGCCUCGAGGUCAACCCGGACGCCCGCGCCACCAUCCAGCAGAUCCGGGCGCACCCCUGGGUCAGGCGAGCAUGGACCGACCGCGGGCGCCUGUGA